AUGUUCAGUUCACCUGUUCUGUCAGUUUGUAAUGAUGAUGUUAAUUUGGCGACACAAAAUCAAGCUGACUAUCGCUUAUCUGUCGAUAGUCUGGGUGAAAUGAAAUCAGGCGAUCAGCUAUCCCUACCGCCCACCAAAGUUCGUUGGUUUUACAAGGAUGGAACGUCGAAAAAAUGGAUUCCAUUCUGUGGCUACGAUUCAAUCAAUAUUGAAAUACAUUAUUUGCGUUCAAUCACGUUGAAGUCUGCUGCAUAUUCUGACAGAAAGUCAAGAACUUCAUCUCAACAAAGUAAACCUCUUCUUGUUCGGGAAGGUCUUUACGAGGUGAACAUCCUCCUAAGGCAAUGUUUUCCCGUGUAUUGGGAAGCACCGGCCGGAUCAACCGAGAUAUUGCGAGGAACUUGGUUCAAAGAUCCUGGUGGACCACAAUGUGUUCCUAUUGACGACGAAUCGAUUGCAGAACAACUUGAAAUGACGCAUAUUUCUCUUAUGAGGCGUUUGGCGGUGUCUGACGCACCUGCAUCUGGUAAUAAUUUACCUGAAGUUGAAAGCGACGCUGAUGGUGAUGCAGAAGUGGCAUCUAGGCAUACCUCCAUCUUCUCAGCUCAACCAAAAUCUCCGCCUGUGCACACCUUGAAAUUUGCGGACUGCCAUGUGGACUGGCUCUCCUUGGACGAGGUCUACCUCUACGCGGAGACGGCUAGCUUCUACAUUCGCCAGAAGUUGGGCAUGCAGAAGGUUGGCACCCGCCUUGGUCGCGGCUACUACGAGGAAGCGGACCUCAGCGCUGUGCCCCCGGUCUUCUCGCACCUCUGUUUUGUGGUUCAUGGCAUGGGCCAAAAGUACCUCAAGGGAUCAAUUAUAACAGCCUGUGAUGGCAUUCGUGAAACGGCGAGAAAAUUGAUCGACUCCUACUUCCCCGACAUCAGCGCCUCUGAGCAUCGUGUUGAAUUCCUGCCGGUUGAAUGGCGCAACUCCCUUCGUCUAGACGGCGACGUCGUCGAUUCCAUCACCCUUGGCAACCUAGCACGCCUUCGCACAUUCCUGAAUUGCACCUUCAUGGACAUAAUGUACUACACCAGUCCACUGUACCGCUACGAGAUUAACCAGAGCCUCCUUGUCGAGCUGAAUCGCCUCUACUGCCUCUUCUGCGAGCGCCAUCCCUACUUCGAGGCCAACGGCGGCAAAGUGUCCAUCCUGGCGCACUCUCUGGGCAGUGUCAUUUCGUAUGACCUCAUCACCGGUUGGAUUGAGCCUGUGCCUCAACACCUCCAGCCGUCUCUCCACGUGGACAAGCAAACCGACGUCCACACGGGUAGGUUGCCACCCGGACCUGCAAUUGACCAAUCGCCUGCGUGCACUGUCAAGCUCAGCCAAUCAGAUUCCUCCCUGCUCGAAUGCCUGUCUAACCAGCCUAUGAACUGCUGUAGGAUCUCGGAGUUACUCAUUGCAGUUGAUGGCGAUUUGCAGUCCAACGGGACCGACAACAGCCUGUCCGAGUCCUCUGUCCUUCUGGCCAAACUGGAGGCAGCCAAAGAAUGUGAAAUGCCUCGAGACGCAGUUGGAGCGUCAGCAGCUCAACGAAGGCUCUCGCAGAUCGCCGACAGACCCCCAUUCGCUGGUUUUCGCCUCUCGAACGAUGCUAAGAGUCUCUUGGUUGUAAAAUGCCUCGUCUCUCCUGAACCCCCCCUCCCUCCCUUCCAAACACGAUCUUCAUCACUCAACUCAAUCUCCAUCAAUGUAACCACCGUAGUCGAGAGAUCUCAAAAUCUGGCCAAUCACAAGGCAGCUCUUGCUAUCCCCUGCUUCUCCAUUUUGCAGCUGCAAAACCUGUUUUGCAUGGGCUCGCCACUGGCGGUGUACCUGACGCUGCGCGGCAUUCGUCCCGGCCAGACGGGCUGUCCGGACGCGGUGAUGCCGCGGUCCAAGUGUCCCCACAUCUACAACGUCUUUCACCCUGCCGAUCCCGUGGCGUACCGACUGGAGCCACUGCUCAUGAAGCGCUACUCGACGAUUCCGCCCGUGGAGAUUUACCGUUGCACCGACCCCUCCAAGGUGCCUUACGACCUUGUCCACGCCAAUUCCACGUCCAACCAGCAGCUCAUCUCUCAACACUCCUUACCGGCAGGGAUUUCCUACAUUGACGAGGCUCUGCAUAAUGGUUCUCUCACCAACGAUAUCAGCAGUUCGUCGAUGGAAUCCCUGACCUACAUUGGCACCUUCAUGUUGGGCUUCUUCAAGAGUUCAACAGAGGCGGAACCCGCUGCCUCACCCCCGCCGCCGGUGUCGCCGAAGCGGCAGAAGUCCUCCUCGCCCACGUCGCCAACACCCACUGACCCCGAAGCCUCGUCGUGUCUGGAAGCGGAGGAGGAGCAAGUGACCUUCGAGCUGCCGGCGUCGUCGCAUCCCAGCGAAGACGACGUCAGCACCAGAGCCAACUCCACCUCGCCCCCGCCCACCGAGUUGGACUCGCCGGUGCCACUCCACUACCGAAUGGACUACCAGCUGAAGGAGAGUCGCUAUGAGAACGCCUACCUGUCCGCACUGACUGUCCACACUGGCUACUGGUCCAACGCCGAUCUGGUCAUGUUUGUGCUCAUGCAGCUCUUCCCCGAAUCCACGCCUGUCGACUGCCCCAUGCCGACGCUCUGA